UUUCAAGCUCUUAAAAUAGUGGUUCUGAUCGAUUUAUUUAUAUAUAUAUAUAUUGUAACAUGAGGAAAAUUCGACAUCGACCCGUGGUUUAAAAAUUAUUUGAAAGAAUAAAUCAUUACCCGGUGAGCAACUUUUGGUGACAUCUAUGACGAAAAAUUCCGACUUUGACCGAGCAAACGAUCCAACGCAUGGAUUGAAACGAGAGAUCCGGGAUAGACGCCGAACUGAACGGCCACGUUUUUUUUUAUUUUUGAACAAUUCGACUCUGAACAAUUUUCGAUUUCGGCGUACGAACAAUUUGAAUUACGACUGAAGAUCAAUCCGAGUUUGAUCAAGGAACAAUAAAUCGCGACAAUUAAUUUCGACCCAUAAUAGCCGAGUUCUUGAACAAGUGAACAAGCCGAAGCUCGGCCCGAAUCUGAACAAAGUGUACGAGUGCAAUAAUUAAUAAAUAAGUGCCGUGCGUCCGUAAUAAUAAUUAAUUAAAUAAUUAAUUACGCGUAAAAAUUAUAUGAUCGUGCAAUUAAACGUGUCACCGAAUUAAAAUAUUAUUUUAUAUUUUAUUUUAUUUCUAUCGAGCAAUUCUGAGAAUUACGGAUUAUCCGUGUCUCAUUCGUACCGCAGUCGAGUCUUACGCUUACAAUACUCUGACGUCAUUCGUCAAGUAUUUUGUGUGAAAAAUAAAAUAAGUUUAUUUUAUUUCGACAACCGACUGUGUCUUCUCCGAGCAAUGAACUAAUUGUGUUUUCCGAUCAACUACGACCUUUUUUGAUAAUUUUGUUUAUAUCGAGUCAAGCCGACAACGGCAUUUAAUUUUUUUGUAACCGAUAACUUUAUUUGUGAUACCGAUCAAUUAUUUUGUGUUUAAUAUACGAUUAAUUAUUUUGUGUUGCUUCUGAUUAAUUAUUUAUCGUAAUCUUAAGUGCCUGACCUUUCCCCGAUCCGCCACCCUGAGUCGACAUUUUGAUAAUUGUUUAUUUGGUGAUAUUGAAAUCACCUGGCGCCCAACUUUAAUAAUAUUGAACAAGGUUGCCAAAAAUCAAAAAAAAGUAUCUUCUACGUCAGCGGGAAGAUCUUCUAUACAUGAUUCGAGCAUUCUUACGGCAAGAAAAUUUAUUAGAAACAUCAAGAUCAUUGGAAAAAGAAGCUGGGCUUUCCGUACAUAUUGAAAUAUGUGACAAUAUUGAUCUUGGAAUCAUUUUUGCGUUUUACUUGCAUUCUUUUCUUGCCAACUAUAAUAAAUUACCAAAAAUUUGUAAAACAAUUGAGGCACCAGUUUCAGUUGACUGUCAAAAAAAUUUCAGGAACAAAAUUGGAAAUUUUGUUAAAUCACAUAGUGAUCCUGAUUCUAAAACAAAUCCCUCGAUAACCAAUGAGUUAAGCAUAAUUGAAAAUGAAAAGAUUACUCGAUUACUAAAUGUAACACAACUAUCAAAUAAUGCAACUCAAAUACCAUCAAUUAAAAACCCAGAAUAUCAUAUUCUUUUGGGAGAGAAGAAAGUCCGUUCGAUUGAUAAGUUAUAUCCUGCUUGUUCAGAAUUUCAUGAAACUGCUCAGACUAUAAUGAAGGAUAUUGUGUUAAACAACUUAAAAGUCAAUUGGAGUGAUAUUUGGGGAUUAGAACACUGUAAGGAAAUUCUUAUGGAGGCAAUUAUUUAUCCUUUUAAAUAUCCAGAGUUGUUCGGCGACAAAUUUUCAUCAUGGCGAGGAAUCCUUCUGUAUGGACCACCAGGGACAGGAAAAACUAUGCUCGCAAAAGCUGUAGCAACUGAGUGUGAUUGGACAUUUUUCAACAUUACAGCUAGUUCCUUAGUUAGCAAAUGGCGAGGCGAUUCUGAGAAAUACACUCGAAUUCUAUUUGAAGUAGCUAGCUAUCAAGCACCAUCAGUAAUUUUUAUUGACGAAAUCGAUUGGAUAUCUGGAGACAAUGGCCAUGAUGGAAAAUCAUCAGAACCGGCUCGACGAUUUAGAGCUGAGUUUUUAACACGACUUGAUGGUCUUGUAUCGACAACAAAUGAUAAAAUUUUAUUGUUAGCUACAACUAACGCGCCUUGGAAUUUAGAUGACGCGCUACUUAGACGCUUAGAAAAACAUAUUUUUGUGGACAUUCCAGACGAACAAACUCGACGAAAGAUAUUAAAAUAUUAUACCUCACCGAAUCUCCAUGGUCUCAAACAGUUUGAUGAAAUUGUUGUCAGAACCAAAUUUUAUUCGGGUUCAGAUUUGAAAAGACUUUGUAAAGAAGCAUGGAUGAUUCAAUCAAGAAUGUUUAUUAAAUUAUGUGAAAGAGAGAAACGAAAAUCUAUUCAGACACCUCAAUUUAUCGAUAAUAUCGAGAUACUUCAAGAAGCAGAAAUGAACAUGCAACUGAAUUCGAAAAAUCUUUCGGAAAAAUAUAAAAAAUGGAAAAAUAUGAAUAAUUAAUGACAACAUGUUGAGUCAAUUUCGUUGAAUGUAAUCGCUCAUACAGUUUUCAAUAUAAUAAAAAAAAACUUGGAAUGAAAAUAGAAUAAAUUAUUUAUCAGUAUGAAUAGCAGCGGGCAUUCUGUUGAUAAAUUCUCCAAUAUUUGAGUAUAUACACGCAAUCUACAAUUUUGGAUACACACACACACGCGCGUCUUCGUGACACAUAUUCAAUAUGUACCGAAUUUAGCGUUUAUUGGCACCCUGACUUUACUCUUAUACGUUGUUGGAAUUCAUUUCUGGAUGAGUUUAGUUAGAACUGUUUAAAGUCACUAUUAACUACUUAAAUCAUUAGUAACUACAUGGCUCUCCUACUGAAGCGGAAACUGUCACUAUAGUGACCUCGUGAAAGGGCGCCACUGGAAGGAUC